AUGGCGGCGCUGGGGAGGGAGCCCCUUACUUCCUGUCCGGACCGGAAGUGUGUCCGGUUGCCAUGGUGGCGACGCUGGGGCCUAGCGGGAGAGGCGAGCCCCGAGGGAAGGCCCGGCUUAGGAGCGCGGUGGGGGGGCAGAGUGAGUGAGCGAGAGACCGGGAAGCGGCGGGAGACGGGGCGGGGGUCUCCCGGGAGGGGGGGGGAAGAGACUGAGCUCCCCCCAACCCGCUCCCCCCCCCCACGGAAAGGGGGACCCAUGAGUCACGUGACAUGGCCAUGGGGGGCAUUGGGACAAGUGGCCUGAGAGGGGCCAGUUUUUUUUGGGGGGGGGAGUAAGGCGAGGUGUCUAUUUCGGGGUGGGGGUGAACGGGGGGAAGUUUUGCCUCUUGGCAAAGUGGGUGGGGGGCGUUGGGUUGGGGGGGCAGGAGGAGGGGCGGGAAGGGGCUCAGGAUGGAGGCGAGAGGGUCUCCUUUUCGUUUUUAUUAGUAAUAUCCAAGGCAGCACAAUGACCAAGUACAACAAUGCAAUAUCCAUAUACAGUGGUACCUCGGGUUACAGACGCUUCAGGUUACAAACGCUUCAGGUUACAGACUCCACUAACCCAGAAAUCGUGCUUCAGGUUAAGAACUUUGCUUCAGGAUGAGAACAGAAAUCGUGCUCAGGAUGUGCAGCGGCAGCAGGAGGCCCCAUUAGCUAAAGUGGUGCUUCAGGUUAAGAACAGUUUCAGGUUAAGAACGGACCUCCAGAAUGAAUUAAGUACGUAACCAGAGGUACCACUGUACUAAGAGCCCAUGGUCCUUUUCGCAUGUUCUGCUAGUAAGGCAGAUGUCCCCAAUCUUAUACAGUGGUACCUCGGGUUACAUACGCUUCAGGUUACAGACUCCGCUAACCCAGAAAUAGUGCUUCAGGUUAAGAACUUUGCUUCAGGAUGAGAACAGAAAUCGUGCUCCGGCGGCGCAGCAGCAGCAGGAGGCCCCAUUAGCUAAAGUGGUGCUUCAGGUUAAGAACAGUUUCUGGUUAAGAACGGACCUCCGGAAUGAAUUAAGUACUUAACCUGAGGUACCACUGUAAACUCAAGCUGGAAUUAAGAUUGCCGGAAGAAAUAUCAACAACCUCAGAUAUGCAGAUGACGCAUCCUUGAUGGCAGAAAGUGAAGAGGAAUUAAAGAACCUUUUAAUGAGGGUGAAAGAGGAGAGCGCAAAAUAUGGUCUGAAGCUCAACAUCAAAAAAACGAAGAUCAUGGCCACUGGGCCCAUCACCUCCUGGCAAACAGAAGGGGAAGAAAUGGAGGCAGUGAGAGAUUCUUGGGCUCCAUGAUCACUGCAGAUGGUGACAGCAGUCCCGAAAUUAAAAGACGCCUGCUUCUUGGGAGAAAAGCAAUGACAAACCUAGACAGCAUCUUAAAAAGCAGAGACAUCACCUUGCCGACAAAGGUCCGUAUAGUUCAAGCUCUGGUUUUCACAGUAGUGAAGUAUGGAAGUGAGAGCUGGACCAUAAAGAAGGCUGAUCGCCGAAGAAUGGAUGCUUUUGAAUUGUGGUGCUGGAGGAGAGUCCCAUGGACUGCAAGAAGAUCAAACCUCUCCAUUCUGAAGGAAAUCAGCCCUGAGUGCUCCCUGGAAGGACAGAUCCUGAAGGUGAGGCUCCAAGACUUUGGCCACCUCAUGAGAAGAGAAGACUCCCUGGAAAAGACCCUGAUGUUGGGAAAGAUGGAGGGCGCAAGGAGAAGGGGACGACAGAGGACGAGAUGGUGGGACAGUGUUCUCGAAGCUACCAGCAUGAGUCUGACCAAACUGCGGGAGGCAGUGGAAGACAGGAGUGCCUGACGUGCUCUGGUCCAGGGGGUCAUGAAGAGGCGGACACGACUAAACGACUAAACAACAACAACAUAGUCUAUACGGAACAUUGAACAAUAUGAGAAACCAUAUGUGCACUCUUGAUGGAUUCUCUUGAAAGAAGCAAUGGGUCUUUCAGAGACUGGCAUAGUCUAUAAAGACUUUCAGAGACUUAUAAGACUUAUGUUCAUUUGGUUCUAAGUUUUCAAGGGAAUCCAUCAAGAGUGCACAUUUAGUGACUUUCAGAGAUCAAUAAGAUUUCUGUUUAUUUGUUUUCUCAUGUUAUUCAAUGUUCCGUAUAGACUAUAUAAAGAAUUUAUAUAGAUAUUGCAUUGUUGUACUUGGUCAUCGUGUUGCCUUGGAUAUUAGUGAUAAUUGUUUGCAACACAGGGCUUUAAUUGUUUGGUUACUUUUCGUUUUUAUUAUGCAUUUUGUGCUUUUAUGUCGUGAGCCACCCUGAGACCUGCGGGUAUAGGGCGGCAUGCAAGUUUAAAUUAUCAUCAUGAGUGCUAUUUUCCCAGAAAAAGAGGGGCCCAUGGAGCUCCUUCUGAAGAUGGGAGGGGUACAAAUAAUAAAUUAUUAUAUUAUUAUAAAUUGUUCCCUGGCUCUCUCACAAUGAAGUCACCUGAGAGGAGCCGGAGGCUGAUAAAGAGCCCUGGGAAUAAUGAUAAUUAUUAUUAUUCAUUACGGAGAGGAAGUGGCUGAGGAGAAGGUUGUCCGUCUCUCCUGUUACAGUGGUCCCUUGGUUCUCAAACGCCUUGGGACUCAAACAACUUGGAACCCAAACACUGCAAACCCGGAAGGAAGUGUUCCAGUUUGUGAACUUUUUUUGGAAGUUGAAUGUGCUCUGUUUUGAGUAUUACAUUUGCAUUUUGAGUGUUACCCUGAGGUCUGUAAGGUUUUGCUAUUUAUUUUGUGUUUUUGUUUUUGUGGGUCUUUCUGUUUUGUUUUUGUGACUGUGUGGAACCCAGUUCAACCACUGAUUGAUAGAUUGAUUGAUAGUGUGACCGCAGUACAUUGAUUAUUUCUUUCAUUUUAUGGAUCAACGGUCUCGUUAGAUAGUAAAAUUCAUGUUAAAUUGCUGUUUUAGGGUUCUGCUUUUUUAAAAAAAGUCUGGAACGGAUUAAUCCAUUUUGCAUUGCUUUCUAUGGGAAAGCACGCCUUGGUUUCGGAACGCUUUGGUUUUGGAACAGACUUCCGGAACGGAAUAAGUUUGGGAACCAAGGUACCACUGUAUUAGUAUUUGGGGGUCUGCCUAUGGGGCCAGCUGGGAGAAAAAGAGGGCUGGUUCACACAGCACAUGGUCAACUUUGGGGGCUGCCUUUGAAAUGGAGUCAUACACCUGCGUGGAGGAAGAGGAGGGGUCUACCUGUGGCUCAUGGCGGCUAGCAAACAGAGCCUCCAUAAACCUCAGAAGUCUCUGAGUGGCGGCCAUGCACAUGUCUUGAGGAGGGAGGGAGAGGGCUUCCUCCUUGUUGCCUUGCUUGUGGGUUUCCCAGAGGCAUCUGGUCGGACCCUGGAGGAAGUGGGACCCUGGACCAGAGAUGCCCCCCCCCCCCACCUGAUCAGGCAGGCUUUUGCUAAGCGGAGAGGAAGCGCCGUUGUAGCUCACGCUCUGCGUACAAAAGUUCUCCCGUUCAGUCCCUGCCGUCUCCAGGGAGUGCUGGGGAAAAAACUGCAUGAAACCCUGGGGAGUCUAUGCGCUGCUGUCGGGCUGAGCUAGAGACACUAACCGGUAACCUGGAAUGGUAAGGGAACUGGACGCUGCCUAUGCUUUAUGUGGUAGUGAAUGGUGGGGUGGGUCCCCCGCUUGGUCAUGAAGGCCAGCCCAGCGAAAGUUGCUUGCAGGAUGGAUAUUUUUGGAGGUGCUAAAACAGAUAGGGGGUAAACUGGGCAGGAUGUCUUGGGAGAAGUGGCAAUAUUGCAGAGGAUGCUGGUACUUCCAAACUGUCUUGUACAAUUGCUUGGAGUGAUAACGCACGUGGAAAAGGUUCCUGCUUAUGCAGCAGGUGUGGCUGAGUUGCGCGAGGGCCGAGGUGCAUGAAAGCAGUGAGGGAAAGGGUGUGCGUGGCUCCUCUAUUUGACGUCUGUUUGCCCUGCAGCAGGUGUGCGAUGGACGAGCAAGCGCAGGGCCCACUUGCAGAGCAACCACCAAUAGGCAUUGCUUUGUUGCUACGUUGGCAAGCAAGGAGAACUUACUGGCAGGGCUGGGCAAAGAGAGGUGAGCAAGGGUGAUCAUUGUUUGACUUCUCUUCUGUUGGUGGCAGGGGGUGUAGGUGCUUCGCUUUGCACAGAACUCCAUGCUUAAAUAGAAGCUCUCUGUAAUUCCAAAUGACGCAUCUUUUGACCAAGUGGGUGUUGUAAGAAAUCUCUUUGUCUGUUUUGUGACCUUGAAUAAAUAAAGCAUAUUUUAUUUUUUACUUUUCAGCUAAGAUUGAUUCUCAAAGUAUAUUCCAUCACUAGGAAUAUAUGAGUGUGUGUGUUGUUGUUGUUAUUUAUUUUAUUUGUUAGUCUUUCUCACAAAAGUAACUAAGCAACUUUCAUUUUAAACAUGGCACUCUUUUUUUCUCUGGUUGGUGCAGGGAGAAAAUGGCUGCAUCUGUGUCUCCUUUAAGGCUAAGUGCAAUGAGUACUUAAUAGGUUGAGUUAAACUAGUUUGCUGAGGGCCUGUUUCAAGUGCUGAUGCUGGGAAGAUCCGUUUUCUGAAAUGGACGCUUGGCUCUCAAGAUCCAACAGCAUUCCUGCUUAUAUGUAAUAUGAACAGCUAUUCACAUUAUAAAUACCUUCCAAGAAAGAUUUCUCUGAAUCUCUCUCUUACCUGCCUACUUGCCAUUUUCCUUAUCCUAUCUAGGUGAGGCGUCUACUACACCUCGUUUGGGGCUUGAUAGUCCUCUUUCCAGUCCUUUUCCUAGUUUUCCCCCACUGAAAAAUCCAAGAGCACCACUUGAUUUAAGAAUUGUUUUCUUGUGUAAGGCAUAUAGCAGGGCACGGACAACAAUGAGCCAGCUACACACAAACUUACCAUCAUAAAUGAACUCUCCUUGGACAUUCAGAUACAGAUUGCGUUCAAGUAGGAAACCAUUGCUUGUCCUGGGAAGAAUGUGUGCUGCGCUGCAGUUCAUGCUCCUGUGCUCUUUGCGAAGGGGGUGGCACUAAAACGUCAGAUCAUAAUUCAGAAUAAAUCAGUUUCGUAUUUCAUCUGAAUAUAUUACCGGGAACUGUGGGUUGAGCUUGUGGUUUGUUAACUCACUAUGGUUUGUACAAAACCACAAUUUCCCAUCUUUGGACAAAGCAGGAAAUUCUGGUUCAUUUCAAACCGCAACCUGGACCUUUAAAUCUCUUCCUCUUGUGCAGGGAGAGUGGGGUGUGCUCAGUUGUUUGGCUUGUCACCCUGAUUGAGAAUUAUAAUGUGAAUAAUAAUUCCACACUUGGAUUUCCAUAGCAGCUAAGCUUUCUGGUUAAGAUGUGCUCAUAAAGUGUAAAACAGAUUGGUGCACAGGUUAUUUCUGGCUAGGACCUUUAUUUAUUUUGUGAGGAGUUGUUAUUGUUAUAUUUAAUUACAUUUCUAUUCCGCCCUUCAUCCAGGUACCACAGGGCGGUUUACAAUAUAGAAAUACAAAAAUACAUCGUGUAAUAACCAUUACAACAAAACUGCCUUUUAGUGAAAAUACGUUUACAGAAGGUCUAAGAUCAGUCUUACAGAUUUUAGAAUCUGUUCCGAUUAACAGCCAGAAGCAAAAUUAGUGCUCUUCACCCAAUGCAAACCCCAUGGAGAAAGAGGCAAGCAUUUUAAAUCUUGCUUCAUCCUUGGAACCAGAGUGGUGGAAGCAGAGGCUUGAGCUUAACAGCACACACCCCCUUUUAUAAAAUGAAAAUCCCAACAAUCAGCUGUUUUAUAGGAAAGAAGGCUAAUCAGUGAGAUUUUAACUUUUUCAAAAGAGCUGUUAUCCCCUUGGUGCUUUCUGUAUAGGAGGGAAGGUGUUAAUUCAAGUAAAUAGAUUACGUCUGUUGUUUAAAUUUCCGCAGUGAUUUUCAGGAAGGGCUUACAGCUCAGCAUUCCUCCUGCCUUUGAAAAUGCACCCUCUCCCUAAAACGGCCAACCAUUUACUAGCUCUGUUUGCAUGCCUGGUGAGGAGGCGGUGAACAAAGAUGAUUUUUUCCCUUCCUUUCACAUAACAAUAGAACUCGAGGUCACCCAAUGACACAGGCACUAGAUACAGGACAAAAAAAAAAAAGGUUCUUCUUAAUGCAGAACUUAAUCCUCAACUUUGUGCCCUCUGGGCGUCUUGGAACUACAGCUCCCAUCAUCCCCAGGCAUCAAGGCUGUUGGUGGGGCAACAGCAGGAGUGUGCUGUUUAUUGCCUUCGUGCCCUGCCUUGUGAGCUUCCUGGGAAACGGGAUGCAGGUGAACUUUGGUCUGGACCAGGGCUGUGGGUGCUUGUAACUGCUACUCAGCCAACCAACUCAUGCAAACAGCCCUGUGACGGCCAGGCUUUGCAGCAGCAACACUUUUGGAUUUUGGUUUCUGGAAACCACAAGAGCCCCUGCGACUGAGCAGACGGGGUGAGUCGGGGGAAACAGCAGCAUUUCACCCACCCCCGACACUCGAUUGCCACAGCCACCACCUCAACACAGCUGUUGCCGGUUCUUUACUAAAUCCCAACCAUGGGAAGGCCCCUAAAAACCUCAAGAGGAUCCAGGUUUUUAGAUGCUUCUGUAAAUUGUGACAUUCCCUUUCCCCGAAUAAAAAGGUACUGCUGGGGGCUGCCUUCUUCAAGUGCUUUUUUUUUUUUUUUUUAAGAUUAUACGCUGCACAGAAUCCACGGAGCUCCUUGACUCUCCUGCCUGCCUCUUUCCGGCUGGGUUGGCAGCGCCCGGCCGUGCCCUCUCUGUAAAUCACUGUCUUGUAAGCCUGACGGCAAUUGCUAGGUGUCGCACUGAGCAACAGCUUCCUGCUCUGCUUCUCUCUGUGUGUAAAUAUUUCAUAUGUCAGCAGUCCUCCUACUCUGGCCUAGUUUUUUGGCUGAGUGCCUCCUGUUUCCAGGUACGCUUUGCAUUCCUAGUUCGGAGGCUGGUGUUCCCAGGGGGCCACUCCCUCCAGCCUGCAGCCUUACAAGUGGGUGCCACCCACCUGCUCCUGUGGAGCGAGAAAGUGGUGCCGAGCUGCUCUCCAAAGGCUCACCGGAGUCUGCCUGCUCUGUCCGGGAGAGCUCCCUUGGUCUGAUCAGCAGGAGCCGGACCACCCCGCCGCCUGCACAACGGGGGGCAGGUAAAAUACUUACUGGGAAUGUUCAUAGGCAGCUCUUGGUGUGUUGUUGUAGGACGGGGGGGGGGGGGGGGGACGAGGACAGAGACAUCUUGGCUUGACCUGCCUUUUGUUGCAUAGCACACACUGCGCUUUUAUCUCUGCUGCCUCCUCGAAAGACUCCUGCACAACGCUCCACAUCAAAAGAAGUUGAUCCAGGAACCAAAUUAUAAUUUCCUGUUUCAGAUCUUGUAAUCUUCAGGCACUUUGACAGAAGUGAGCUCUCAGCCAUUUUUUCCCCAAAAGCUGAGCAGAGCCUCACAGAUGCCACCCCCAAAUCCCUGCCUCCCUGUGCUGUUUUCUUAAGUCACUGAAAUUAGAGAGGAGAGUGAUUGGCCUCCUGUGUGCGUCCCCUGCCUGUGCGCAUGGGCACACUGUCUUUCUUGCCUGCUCCCAUGCUCCUCUCUCGCCCAGUUUCCUCCUGCUUUCUCUUCCGUAACACCUUCAGGGGCAUUUCCAAGGAUCCUUGACUUUUGCUGGUUUGAGUUGCCCUUGAUCUUCUCAGUUUAAAGUUUAGAUUUGUGGGGCUGGAAGCUAUCUCUGAGUGAAGGGGAGAACGUAACUGGGCAGUGUGCUUGGUUGCUCAGCAGAUCUUGACAUUUGGAAGCAUUGCCUAACGUUCCACCUGUUGAAACUUCCCUCAGGUGGGCUGGAGGGUGUGGGUCUAGUUUAUAUAUCCGGGUUUCUAACUCUUACCUAUCUUGAAUUUUCUGUGAUUCAGCUUCAUUGAAUGGCCUGAAUUGAGUUCCAGUACUAUAGAAGAGGGAGAAAACCUCCCUGUCUGGGUGUGCGGUGGACGGCUGUGUCCACUGUGUGUCCAGAGGUGCAUGUUUCCCAUCUUGCAGGAAGUGACUCUGGUGAGCCUGUACAGAGGGCUUUCUGUGUCAAUUCCCCGUCCUGUUGAUCCUCCACCUGCAUCUUCUCUCUUUUUUAUUUUUGAAUAUUUUUUAUUAGGAAUUUCAACAUAACAUUUUAUCAAAAAUACAUCAUCCUCACCCCCCCAUUUUUUCCCUUCCCCCUCCCCCAAAAAGAAAACCCACCCUCCCACCCCACCCCCGGACUUCUCUCACCUCCUCUCUCUGGUUUUUCAGCACAUGUUAUUCUCUGCAUGUUGUAAAAUUGUAAAUAUCCUUAAUUUAUCAAUCUAUAUAUUACCAAUUAAAGGUUUGUGAAUGUUUGUUCAAAACCUGCCAAGGAGUCCAGUUCAUUUUGUUGUUUCUUUAAGUACUUUGUAAAAGGUUCCCAUUCUUUUUUAAAGUCACAGUUGUCCUUAUCACGUAGUUUGUGUGUCAAAUUCGCCAGUUCCACUUAAUCCAUCAGUUUCUCUUGCCACAGUUCUUUGGUCGGUGUUUCCUCAUUCUUCCAUCCUUGUGCUAUUAAGACUCUUGCCGCCGUUGUCACAUACAUGAAUAUGUUCUUCAGUUUCCUUGGCAGGUCUUUCCCUAACAAAAAUGCUUCAGGCUUUUUUACAAAUGUUAAUUGGAACAUUUUCUUCAACUCAUUGUAUAUCAUUUCCCAGAAUUUUUUAAUUUUGCUACAAUCCCACCACAUAUGGUAAAAGGUCCCUUCUUUUUCCUUACAUUUCCAACACACAUUUGAACCAGUUUUAUACAUUCUUCCUAUCUGCACUGGUGUUAUAUACCAUCCAUGUAUCGUUUUCAUGUAAUUUUCUUUCAGCAAAGAGCAAUCUGUAAAUUUUAAAUCAUUUUUGCACAAUCUUUCCAAAUCUUCAAACAUUAUAUUGUGACCUAUAUCUUGUGCCCAUUUAAUCAUAACGGAUUCACCUCUUCAUCUUUUGUUUCUCCACCUGCAUCUUCUCCAUUCAGACAUGCUGUCUCCCUCCAAGUUCCCCACCUGCCUCUCUUCCUGCCUUUGCCAUAGCAGGGCCUAUCAGCUUGUGGCGCUCUGUAAGUAAGCAGGGCACUCGGCCCUUCUGGCUCCCAUGACCUUUCUUUCUAUGAUCUCCUGCAGAGCUAUGGCAGCCCAGAGUCAGGCGGGUGUGUGAUUCGAGGGGUUAUGAGAACAGCACACUCUGUGCUCCUUGAGCAGCCAGUGUCUUGAAUGACACCUUGUUCUUGCAAGCUGCAAGGCGUGGCAGGGAUUCCUCUCCACCCAUGGCUGAGAUUGGAUUUGAUCCCAGAUCUAGCGCUUCACUGAACCACGCUGGGUUUUUUAAAAAAAAGGCUCCCAAGUUGCUCAGUGUGCCACGCAUACUUCUCCUCUCGUCUUAUCUUCCACAUCAAACCUGUUGAGACUGCACAGCUUAAGGUCAGCUUUUGUAGGUGGAGAUCUGAACCCGGGUCUCUCCACUUCUGGCCAGACGCUCUAGCCCUGCCUUUGCCAAGCUUGUGAUUCCUGCAUUGCAGGGGGUUGGACUAGAUGACCCAUGGGGUCCCUUCCAACUCUACAAUCUGUGAUUCUGUGGUGCCCUCCAGUUGUGUGUUGCCAGUUUGGCAAAGGUGCUCCCUGAAUGCCCAGCACUUGGCACACAGCUAUUUAACAUCUGGGCAAACUGCUCCAGGACAGAGCAGAAGCCAGGGGCUUGGGGGUGGUGCCUUUUGGCUCUCCUGUUCCUUAUGACUGUCCUUGGCUUGACCAGUGGUGUCCAAACUUUUUUCAAAGAGGGCCAGAUUUGAUGAAGUGAAGGGCUGUGAGGGCCGACCAGAGGACCAACCAAAGUUGUUGAGCUUUUUUUACGAUUGAAGUUGUCGAGGGUUUUAAAGGAUUUUACUCCAGGAAAUAAACUGCCAUACGGCCGGAUUAAACUGACCAGCGGGCUGGAUUAGGCCCCAAAAUGGACUUUGGACGUGCCUGGUUCUGUAACUGCUGCCUCCCAAGUUGAUUUUGCUGCAUUUGCAGCACCAAAAUGGCCUUGCCGGGGCUCAACCCUGGCCAGUGUGUCUGGAGGUCUUGGGCUGCCUAGACGACAAGACCCCCCUCUCAGCCUCACUGAUGUGGUCCAAAGGAAAUCAGAGCAAGAUGUUUGGCACCAGCUUGGCUGCAGGAGUUUCUGGAAGGAGGCGUACAAGCCGCCAUUCAACUAUUUAGGAGCUCCACUCCAAAUUUGUGUAGGCAUUAUUCCUUAGUGUUCUUUUCUCCCAGAGAUGUUCUGCAAGGCAGCGGGUACAGAUGGUUCCUCGGGGAUUAUUCCCAAAGCCUUCCUCGUAAAUGAGUAUAGGUGCAAGGCGGUGGAGGUUUAUCACCAGAGUUUUCCAUCUGCAGGAUGGGCUGCCUUCCUAGGUUAACAAACCCCACCUGCCGCCCCCUUCAUGUCCCUCUACAGCAGGUACAGAAGCUGCCUUCUUGACCAUUGGGCCCACUGUUGAUCUUGUCCGCUCAAUCCGUCAGAACCUGUCUUUGCAAACAGCAGAAAUCCCUAACUCAUACAAGGUUUGAGACCCAUCGGCUACUCUCACCUGGUUAAGCCAGCCAGUCGAAGCCGUUUCCCUGUGUGUGGCUCCUGUCGCCUGCUGACAGCUUCUGGGAGCCACAGGUGAGAGCUGAGUGCAGGAUGGGGACUAUCCCAGAAGGAGCACAACGUUUCCCCCACCAGAAAUAACUUUGACCAGGUAACUGCCCAAGGAGAAGGGACAGGUUUUUGGGUUUUUUUGACAGCAGCCAGUCUUGAAGAUGCAUGUGUGGAGGAGCUGAGCUGUCGAGAGAGUGACUCUUUGCUGUGGGCGAGGCAAAUGUGAACUCCGUGUGAAGCUGCCGGUUUUGUUUGGUUCAGGUCAAGUCUUUAUGGUAUAACCAGUUAGGUCAGGCUUCCUCAAACUCAGCCCUUCAGAUGUUUUGAGACGGCAGUUCCCAUCAUCCCGGACCACUGGUCCUGCUAGAUAGGGAUCAUGGGAGUUGUAGGCCAAAAACAUCUGGAGGGCCGAGGUUGAGGAAGCCUGAAUUAGGUUUUUACGAGAUAGGCGGUUUUAUUAGACCUGGUAAUAAAAGUGUUCUCUGCUUAGUGAUUAGUGUUGAUGAGUAAAUGACAGUGCAGAGGAGCAAGUGCCCACCAGCUAUCUCUGGAGCGGGCGGGGAGGGAACUCUUUGUCUCCUUCAGGAAGACGGGCAGGUUCAUGGGGACAAAUCCAGCCUAGUCCUUUGAGUGCAGGGGAGGCCACAGCUUCUUGCGUUGCAAAAUGGUCUGUCUCUCUCCAGUGGUGGGGUGCAGUGCAUGCCGAGAACUGCUGUAGGGCUUGCUCAGACCACACCUGGUUCUGGGCACCACAAUUUAAGAAGGAUGUUGACAAGUUGGAAGGUGUGCAGAGGAGGGCCACCAAGAUUCUGUUGUUAUUUAGUCGUUUAGUUGUGUCCGACUCUUCGUGACCUCAUGGACCAGAGCACGCCAGGCACUCCUGUCUUCCACUGCCUCCCGCAGUUUGGUCAAACUCAUGCUGGUCGCUUCGAGAACACUGUCCCACCAUCUCGUCCUCUGUCGUCCCCUUCUCCUUGUGGCCACCAUCUUUCCCAACAUCAGGGUCUUUUCCAGGGAGUCUUCUCUUCUCAUGAGGUGGCCAGAGUAUUGGAGUCUCAGCUUCAGGAUCUGUCCUUCCAGUGAGCACUCAGGGCUGGUUUCCUUCAGAAUGGAGAGGUUGGAUCUUCUUGCAGUCCAUGGGACUCUCAAGAGGCUCCUCCAGCACCAUAAUUCAAAAGCAUCCAUUCUUCGGCAAUCAGCCUUCUUGAUGGUCCAGCUCUCACUUCCAUACAUCACAUCUGGGAAAACCAUAGCUUUAACUAUACGGGCCUUUGUCGGCAAGGUGAUGUCUCUGCUUUUUAAGAUGCUGUCUAGGUUGGAAGGCCAGCUGUCAUGGAUGCUUUAGCUGAGAUUCCUGCAUUGCAGGGGGUUGGACUAGAUGACCCUCACAGACCCUUCCACUCGAAGAUUCUGUGAUUCUCCUAGGAGAGAAGAUGCUGGCUCCCCUGCAGAGGACCGGUCUUAGUUGAGCAAUGCUUCUGCCUUUGUUUGGAUGUCCUUGAGUGAAAGUUGCAUGGUGGAAGCCUUGCCUGAUGAAUUUCUCCCAGGCGUGACGCAACAUUCUUUGCAUUCCUUAUUCUGGGAAGACUCUGGGGAGUUCCUGCCUUCCUGUUCCUCGCCCCAGGCAGUUUACGUGGCUGCUCAGGCGUUGCAUGUGGUUGGGAUGCUGCGUUCUGUGAAGCAGAUGUGUUGACGGACUGGCCCCAUGGUGGGGAACGAAUGCGAGUGGCGCAAUAUUUUUUUGCCACUGCUAGUCUUGUUAUAUAACCAGCGGAGCGCCUGUGUGUUGCUAAACCAGAAGCGAUUGUGCACCUGCAAAGGUUUCUUCCUCAAUUUCAGGCUAGGCAAGGGGAUCACAUUGCAAAUAAAAUCCUAUAUGGAGAUUAAUUAUACUGUCUCAGAACCUUUGGUACUAGGAGAAAAGGAACACUUGUAAAAGUUUUUUUUUUUAACUCCUUAUAGAAUCGUAGAGUUGGAAUGGACUCAGGUCAGUGAGCUUCCUUGUUUGUAGCCUUCUUUUUUCAAAAUUGAAUUUGUAUUACAUACAAAAACAUAUAGACCUUGAAAAAACAAGUAAGUAACAAAAGGGGGGCGGGAAGUAAUUCAGAAUUGCAGAAUGAAAUAAAAGCUACUGGUAUACAAAUUACAACAGCAUACCAAGUUACAAUCACACUUCACUGGCUACCGGGUGAUGUUUAAAUACCCCAACCAUAAUAAGAGCUGUUUGACAGUGGAAGGGGAAGUGUCAGCUGCAACCGUGGCAUUAUCAGAACUACGCUCUAACCAUCUGAGCUAUCACGAAAGCACAAAACGGUACAGGAUCCUUCCGUCCUGCCUGUCCACCCAAUGCAUUCUGACAGUUCCGGGGACGCAAUUCGCUGCUUUGCAGCUUCUCUUCCAUAAACAUUUGCUGACGAUUAUAUUGCAUGAUUCAGUUGCUACUUAUGGAGAGGUCCAGAGAACUCUGCAGCUAGCAGGUGAUAUCUAAGACCUCAAAAUUCCUAUCACACAGGACGCUGAGCAAGGUUAGCGUACGUCACCCUCUGACCUCCAGCCCCCCUGGGCUCCUUCUCCUACCUGUCCUGCAGCACCUAAACGGUUGUGCUGGCCUUGUCACGGGAGAUAACAAGAUAAGGGCUCCAAGAACUUUAGACGUGGAUAUUGCUUUUUAUCCGUGGGUAAUGGAUUGGAGGGAAGUUCUCCUGCUUCAGCCCCUGGGUGCAAAGUGCAAGGCAGGCGGCCUUUUCUUCCUCUACUUCUCCCCUCCCCCUGCUUAGCUGAUAUGGGUGACAGGAGGCCUCAUUUAACGCACAUUUACAUUGCCAAGGGAAGCAGGGGACAUCCCCUGGCCUCUGUUCUUCCGGAAGGCAACCGUGUUUUUCAUUUGUUUUACUAGUGCAUAUUUAUUGCACUUAUCCCCAAGUUGCUGAAGGCAGCAUGCAUUUAAACGGCCUCGGUCCAGUAUCCCUGGAGGAGCAUCUCCACCCGCAUCGUUCUGCCCGGACACUGAGGUCCAGCGCCGAGGGCCUUCUGGCGGUUCCCUCCCUGCGAGAAGCCAAGUUACAGGGAACCAGUCAGAGGGCCUUCUUGGUGGUGGCCCUGUGGAACGCUCUCCCACCAGAUGUCAAAGAAGAACUACUUCCAGACUUUUAUAAGACAUCUGAAGGCAGCCCUGUUCAGGGAAGCUUUUAAUGUUUAACAGAUUACUGUAUUUUAAUGCUUUGUUGGAAGCCGCCCAGAGUGGCUGGGGAAACUCAGCCAGAUGGGCAGGGUAUAAAUAAUAAUUUAUUAUUAUUAUUAUUAUUAUUAUUAUUAAUCUCUUCCCCACAGCAGCCCUGUAGGGUAGGUUAGGCCGAGAGGCAGGGACUGGCCCAAGGACACCCAGUGAGCUUUAUGGCUUAGUAGAGAUUUGAACCCUGGUCUCAUAGGUUUAUUCCUUCCUGCUCUAUUCAUUUAUCUUCCUGCUCUAUUUACCUGGUCUCAUAGGUCUAUUCCUUCCUGCUCUAUUCCUUCCUGCUUUGUUUGAACAGUGCUGGGGGGUGUCGUCGGUGUGCAUCCCAGGGUCAGUCCAUUGCGUUGCUUCCCAAUGAGGAAUUUUGGGGGGUUCUGGGAAGGAAGACUGCUCUGCUAGGUUGCAGGUGGCAGAAAAGGGGGGGAGAGAAGUUGCUGAAUGCAAGAGGCUUUGCUGGGGCGGGGCAGGGAGAGGGAGAGAAGAGAAAGAGGCUUUGAGCGGCCAGUGCCAAAACCCCAAGUAAUUUGCUUAAACUUUGAUUGUAGGUUAAUCCUGGAUUAAGGCAGGGCAGCGCCAGCGCCGUGUGAGGUGGGAAGCAGCAGGGUGAGCUGGGCACCUCUUUGCUCUGUCGUCCUCAUGCCUCUUUCUGAUUGGCUUCCUUGUUCCUCCUCUGUUGCAGGACUCCUGGGAGCGCGCUUGGCUGGAAGCUCAGCCCAGUGCCCGAGUGGCAGGCUGUCGGAGGGAGGAGUCUCCAUCGAGGAGCAGGGCUCACUCCUGCCAGCCGGUUCCUUCAGCUGAGCUCCUGAGUAGCUGGAGAGAGCGAGAGGGGGAGAGCUGA